CCGGCUGUUAGAUAGAAAUAUGUUUUUUUUAUUCAAAUGUCUCGUCGGUACCUUAUAGCCCCAAGCCAUUCGAAUAUUCCUCUGACCAUCUCUGGAAGAAUUCAUAAUCCGGAAAUCUUAAUCCGGUCUUUGCAUUUCGAAUGAUUCAUUAUUGUUAUAGGGUUGUUACUGACCCUUUUGCAUACCCUCUCGCCACAGGUAAUUUUCUAAUUCGGAAAUACCAAAUUCUCGGCGUAAUCUUCACCUCCAGAAUAUGACGAAAAUAUUUCGACUGUUUGACGUUAGAGGUGUUGGCCAACAAAUGAUCAACAGAAGAACCACUAAGUGUCAAGUGAUGUUUUGAUUAUAACGAUUGUAUACGUAGAGAAAAAUACGAACAAAUAUGUUUCUUGGUCUGAGAUGCGUUAUUGUGAGUGUUAUUAUAGUGACGGAAGUGAUUGCUUGGGAUACAAAAGGUAUAAAUGCUUGCAACUGCAUUACCCUUGACGAGUGCAAAUCCACGAAAGGCCUAGAAAAACCACUGAAACCAUCCACAGUUCAACUAUUAAGAGAAAGGCAAUGCGGAUUCCACAGAGGAAUACCGAAAAUUUGUUGUCAGGACGAAACUGUCAGUCCAGCUGUCCAGUCAAAACCAUCUUCAGGUCGACAAUGUGAUUCCCGAGACAACUGUACCGUACUACGUGAUUGCACCUCGUACAUGGAUGUUAUCAGCACUCUAGAAAAACCCCUCAGCGCGCCUAUCGUCAGCUACCUGAGGUCCCAACAAUGUGGGUUCGAAAUGGGGUUCCCAAAAGUGUGCUGUUCCGAACUGCCUAAGAAUAUCAAGUCUGUCAAAUCAUCCAGGGCUCAGAACAAACGAAGGUUUAAUAGACUAAACGCACUAGAUCCCAGUGAAACGACUGAGGUGUCGAAAGUUGUCAGGGCUACGACACCUAGAACUACUACUAGAAGAGUUACUGCUACGACGACUAGACCUACUACUAUGACAACUAGGAGUACUUCUACGACUCCUAGGCCUACUUUGAGAAAAAAGGAUAGAAAUAAGAAGAAAAACAUGGAUGAUGCGUUUGGUCAAUUUUUCUUUGACUAUGUUGAGGGAUUCGAUUUGUUUUUGAGACAAAAGCGGAAUCAGCCUGAUAAUUUUUUGGAUAUUGAAAUUAGAUAAUUUGUUUUGACAAAAAAGGUUGAACGGUCUUUUCCUGUGUAAAAGGCGAAAAAACAUUUUGGAUUUAAAUUCAAAGUUUCUUAUUUCAACUUCCGUCACCAACUUUGUUUGUUGUUAGUCUGUAUAAGAAUCUAAUAUGGAGGGGUGCUGAUGGUCCAAAGCAUGGAUUUAAGUCAAAAAAGUGAGAUUUAAAAAAAAAUAAGUGAGAAAUAAAUUUAUAGGGGAAGUCCGGGAGACUUAUUGGUGAUCAAAUUUGUUCCUAUUUAUAUAAAUCAAUAAAUUUUAGAUGACUUCGUAGCAUAUAUUUUUAGGAACCUUGUUUUAUCAUUUAAAACUUAAAAAAAUAAGUCAGAAAAAAAAUAUAUAGUUUUUUUAUUUUUUUGAAAACAUGGGCAACUCUUCCACAUAUGCGGGAGACUUGCCCAUAGUCAGAAGGAGACUUGCCCACCCCCCUUAUUAAAUAAAAACAAAUGUAAAUAAUAACUUUUGUAUUCGAAAAACUCAGAAAAUAAAACAAAAAACUUUACUUAUUCAAGAACGAAACUAAAUCUAAAUCUUUGAAAUCAGAAUAAACAUAGGUUUAAUGCAAAAAACAAAUAAAAAUAAUUUUAAAAAAGUAUGAAAGUAAGAAUGAAAAAUAAAAUUAAACAAAAGUCUAAUAUGAACAAAGAUAUUAGCCUAAUUUUUAUUCACACUCAUGAUACUUAAACAGUUCGGUAUCUGAUUUUGUUAGCCCGACGCAUACUUCAUGACAUAUCUUUUACAAAUAAUACAAAGCCUCAUAUCAAGCAUAUCGUCAGUUUGACAAAUGUAACAGUACCAGUUGUCAUCUUUAUCUGGAGGUUCUGCCCACUGAUCAUCAUCAGAACUUUCAGCCUAAGAUAUCUUAUCGUUAUCAGUUCCACUAUCACUUGAAGAUAAAUCUAUUGUCCAUUUAGCCUCCUUAUUUGUUUCAUUCUUAGACGUCGUUUUUGUCUUUUUUGUUUCUUCAUUUUUAGUCCCCUUAAUAGUGUCUAUCACUCUUUUUUUAAGUUUGCUUGCCUUGUUUUUUUAUCCAUUUUUUGUUUAGUUUUUUCUAUUGGUGAUUUAUGUUGGAAAUUAUCAUAAUUUUCAUCCUUCUCUGGACUUUGGGAUAAUAUUAGUUUUUCACGCCUUGUUGUCUUUCUGGGACCAGCUUUUGGAAAUGGCCUUAUCAUCUCAGGUGUUAUGAGAGAAGAUGAUGUAGCUCUAGAUGGUGUAUUUUUGGGUGUAUUAUCAAAUAUACUUGUAGGCAUGUCCUUACUUAUAUUUGUCGUACUUACAGCCAUCUUUUUAGGUGUAGUUUGCACGAUUUCUGCUUCUGUAAUAGCAGAAGUUGAGGGAAUUUCGUUGGGUGCGUUUUCAUUUAUAUUUUCCAAAUUUACAGCGAUUUGAUUAGGGGGAGUUUGCUUAAUUCCUGUUGCUGUAAGUAGAUGGAAUUGCUAACGAAUCUUCGCCGUGAGAAUUGUCUUUGUCGGUCACAGCUGAGCACAAGAAAUCUUCCUCAGUAAAUAUGUCAGGGUUAAAUGGAUGAAUCCCACACUUUCUAAAUCCACUAAGGAUAUUUGCUUGGCUAAAAGUUGCGGACAUUAUUGAUUUAAUAAAUGUGGGAAUAUUGUAAAUAGUUACUGUUUUUCCAGGAUUACUUAUCAUCCAGUUACUUAAUGCAGCAUUGUAUCUUAGUUUAAGUGGGGAAUAGACGGCCACAUCUAAUGGCUGCAUCUUGUUACUACAAUGCGGGGGCAGCGUUAACAACAUAAUCCCAUUUUGCAAUGCUCACGUGGCUUUCAUGGUUAUCAAAUAUGAGCAAAACAGAAUUUUCUGGUGACGCGUUGCUAUAUUUUUUGAAAUGCUCCAUAAACUUUAGAAAGGCUCUAGCAGUCAUCCAUCCUGUUGAAUAAGCAUCCCCAUUAGAACCUUCUGGGCCAUCAGAAACGAAGUCUUCUCGAUAUUUGAUACGAGUGAAUAUAAAAAAGGGUGAAAUAACGCUUCCAAUUGCAUUAACUGCAAAACAAACUGUCACCAAAGUGCCCCUCUCUGAUGAAGUAACUUGACCAACCUGCUUAGCUUUUUUACUGGCCAAUACCUUAGGACAAUCCUUAACUGUAGUACAUCCUACUUCAUCACAGUUAUAACUAUUUUGUUGGUCAAACUUAAAUUUUUCUCGUACAAUCCUUAAGUUUUGAAAAAAAUCGUUUACAUUCUUCCGAUUGAAGCUUGUAGAUCGUGACAAGCUUGUUGCCUCCGGAGCUCUUAAACUUAUUUCGGGAUUUCUUGAUAAAAAACCGCGAAACCAAUCCUUCCCUGCCAAACUAUUUUUUGACCAGCAUUCUGGAAUUUUUUUGGAAUUCGAAACUGCAAACUCAAAAGCUAAUUUCAUUCCUUGUUUUCGAGUAAGUCGAUAGUGCAUUUUGCUGCAAUUUAAAAAAUAUGCAACCAGAAGCUUCUCUUCUUGUAUGUGAAUAUUUGUGAAGUAUUAUACUGGCCUUUAGUUUCUAUUUUUUCAAGUUUAUUUUCAUUGUUUUUCCUAGCGUCUCAAAGUCCUCCGAUCAAUACCAUAUUUUGCAGAAGUUUUUCGAAGAGAAGUACCUUUGGCUAGUUCAUCUAGUGCAUUUUUAAGAACAUCCUUGUCAAGUUUUAUGCGAGUAGAACCGUCUUUUGUUUUGUACUUAAAUGGCAUUGUACAGACCUGUAAUAAAAAAAAUGCAUUAACUUUUACUAAAAUUAAUUAAAGACAAAUACCAAUUUAGAAUUACAUCAGAAGUAUGAGGUAUGGGUGAGUCUCCCACACCUUUCUUUUUCAGGUUAGCUUCAAUUUUCUUAAAAAUCAUGAAUAGUGCACGUUUAACAUUUAUGGUGCAUAAAUCUACAAUGUCUAAUUAAUAUACCCACACCAGAAUCUAAAACUUACCUUUUAAUUUGCCCACAUAAUCACGAAAUUUGUAUAAGUAUUAAUUUUUGGUUUAAACGCAAAAACCCACAUGCCUCGGGUCAGAUACAAAACAAACUGAGAAAAGUCAACUAGGAUUUCGUAGACGCCUAGAAGCACUAGAGGGCGUCCCGUUUUCUCUCGUUUCAGAUUAUGGUGCGCAAUUUUAAAGUAAAUAUAUCACGGAAUGGCAAGUCUCCCACCUGAGCAAGCCUCCCGGAUUCCCCCUACUGAAAAAGUGAAUUAAUUUUCUGACAAAUUGAAUAUCAUAAUGCCAAAUUUAAACGAAUAAUAAAAAUAAGAAUGUGUGAAAAAACCGAGAAUAACUCAUAUAAGGUCUUUGUUACUGUUUUAUUGACGUAAGCAAAAAUAAUUAUUCAUAUGUAUGUAUGUAUAUAUUAAGAUCAAAUGCAUACGACGCAUGAAAAAAAUAUAACAAAUUCUUGUAAAUGCGGGAGACGUCCUAUUAUUAUAUAUUAAGUAUUCUUGCUUAAUUGAUUGACCCUGUUUUAGCGAACUAAUGUUAAAAAGUAGUAUUUUUUACACAAUAGUUGACUAACUUAAUCAUAGGAUUGUAAGACUAGAGUACUUGUCAUUAGGAAUCAAGCGAGGCUCUAUUCGAUGGAUUCCCAUGGCCACUUCCUGGCUUCAUCAUCAGAUCAUCUCCAUCUCCAUGUCAUAAUAAUAGCGCAUUGUUAAAUUAAACGUCCGUCAUAUUGGAUUACAUUGACGUCACCUUGCUUUUUAUGUUACUUUCAUCAAUCCCUUUCAUUUGUCAUCCAUAAUAUGGGGGUGACUAUGGAAAUUAUAAAUCGAUAUUUUGCUGCGGUCGCCAUAUUGGAUCUAAAAUGACGUCACGUUGAAAACUGUAUCUCUCUCAUCCGGCAAUUUCAGAUGAUAACCAUGUCAUAGGGGUAACUAUAGAAAUUAUAAACGCCAUCUUCCGACCUCCGUCAUAUUGAAUUUAGAACGACGUCAGUUUGCUUAUUCUCUCUUCUCUUUCAUUUGAUACCCAUAUCAUAUACUACGGAAAUGAUAAGUCGCCAUUAUGUAGCAUACGCCAUAUUAGAUUCAAAAUGGCGGCAGUUAAUUCAUUUUGUAUGGUCACAUGAACCAGACGCAUACAGAAAUUCACCUCGAUUGGUCAAUGUUAAUUGGUUCAGUUUCAGGAUUUGUCCCACACAUGCAUUCUAACAAAUCAACAACAGUUACUUCAUUGGAAGCAUAUUCAGUAAUAAUUUUCUCACAUAACAAAUAUGACUGAUUAUAUACACAUGCAGACUAAUACACAUAAUCAUCCAGAUGCGAUUUUGCUAUUCAACCAUCUUUUUUUCUUUCACAUCUUCUCUACAGACUACUCGGCUUCCCAAAACAUGCUUGCCCUCUGCAACCAACAAUGCGUGUAGUUGAGUCAUUCCUCCGCAGAUGGACGCUCACAGCGACCAUAGCGAGCAAACGUGUAAUGAACUAUUUGCACCCUAAAAACUACCUAGUCUAUAAGAUGACAUUUUACUGUUUUUUUUUUGACGUUUUGUAGGUUUUUACAUAAUAGCCGUGCGGGAGUGGUUAGGGUGGCGCCUGUUACGCAAAAUUUUUGCUUUAAGCUCCUUGAUAAACUUAGCUGCUUCCUUUGAAACUGAAAUAAAGACACCGAUCGUUUUAUAUGCAAUGAAUAUAUCAAUAAAAUCUACCAUUUGACAUGA